GGAGCCCGGACGCACUGCUGAGGUGUGAAGAGGUUUGUGCCCUACAAACAUCAUAAUUCAACAUUUUCACUCGGUGGCAGUCGCCGUGCCAGUGUAAAAAACAACUGUGGUUCACCAGUUGGUUAAUUUCUCUGGCCGUGUGAAAGACUAACCGCUGCGGUACCUACACACGAAAAGUAGCUUGAUGAGUAUCCAAAGUAGUGGAAGUUUGGAGGGGACGCCAUCUUGGUCCCAGCUCUCCACGUCCCCAACCGGACUGUGUUUUCAGCAACAUACCACGGCAGGGGUGAAGGCCCAGGAAGGAGCCAUGGAGGAGCUGCACAGCCUGGACCCCCGGAGACAGGAGCUGCUGGAGGCACGUUUUAUGGGCGGGGUCAGCGGCAGCACUGGGGGCAGCACUGGCAGCACAAGCGGGGGAACCAAAGGAUUGACCAAUAAUGAAUGUUCAAACCACAGUUUUGGAAGUCUAGGAUCCUCAAGCGACAAGGAAUCUGAGGGGUCAGAUGUGAAAAGAGGCGGUUCUCCUGCUUAUUCGACCCCAGAGAAGAAACAGUCUGAAACAACCAGAGGCAGAAAAAGGAAACCUGAGAUCCAAUCAGAGAGCAGCCAAGGAAAAUCAAUUGUGCGGGGACCCAAAAUAAGUGAUUAUUUUGAUUUCCAGGGAGGAAAUGGCUCCAGUCCUGUACGGGGUCUCCCACCAGUGAUUCGUUCGCCCCAGAACUCACAUUCCCACUCUGCUCAGGGCACUGCUGUUAGACAAAAUAGCUCAUCUCCUACUAGUCUGUCUUUUGGGGACCACAUGACACAUCCAAAGCAACUAGCAGUCAAAUUUGUUCAGACUGACCUUACAGUGUUGAAACUGGCUGCCCUUGAAAGCACUAAGAAUCUAGACCUUGAGAAGAAGGAGGGGAGAAUAGACGACUUGCUAAGGGCAAACUGUGAUCUCAGGAGACAGAUAGAUGAACAACAAAAAUUACUUGAAAAGUUCAAGGAACGCUUGAAUAAAUGCAUCACCAUGAGUAAGAAGUUGCUCAUAGAAAAGAGUAACCAGGAGAAGCAGGCCUGCCGGGAGAAGAGCAUGCAGGAUAGACUACGUUUAGGCCAUUUCACUACAGUGAGACAUGGGGCCUCAUUCACAGAGCAGUGGACAGAUGGCUAUGCCUUUCAAAACCUUGUCAAACAGCAAGAGUCGAUAAACCAACAGCGAGAGGACAUCGAGAGGCAGAGAAAACUUCUAGCCAAGAGGAAACCUCCAUCUUCCAGCAGCUCCCAAGCACCAACCACAAACUCAGAGCCAAAGCAACGCAAAACCAAGGCAGUGAAUGGAGCAGAAAGCGAUCCCUUUCUAAAACCCAGCCUACCUCAGCUGCUGACACUAGCAGAGUACCAUGAACAGGAAGAGAUCUUCAAACUGCGACUUGGACAUCUCAAGAAGGAAGAAGCUGAGAUCCAGGCGGAGCUGGAGCGUCUGGAGAGAGUCCGCAACCUUCACAUUCGGGAGCUGAAGAGAAUAAAUAACGAAGACAGCUCCCAAUUUAAAGAUCACCCAACGCUGAAUGAGCGAUAUCUGCUCCUGCACCUUCUGGGGAGAGGGGGCUUUAGUGAAGUAUACAAGGCUUUUGACUUGAUUGAACAACGAUACGCUGCUGUGAAAAUCCAUCAACUUAACAAGAACUGGAGAGAGGAGAAAAAGGAGAACUAUCACAAGCAUGCAUGUCGAGAAUACCGAAUACACAAGGAGCUGGACCAUCCCCGGAUUGUGAAACUUUACGACUACUUCUCACUGGACACAGACACAUUUUGCACCGUUAUGGAGUACUGCGAGGGCAAUGACUUGGAUUUCUACUUGAAGCAGCAUAAGCUAAUGUCUGAGAAGGAGGCACGGUCCAUAGUCAUGCAGAUUGUGAAUGCACUAAAAUACCUGAAUGAAAUCAAACCCCCCAUCAUCCAUUACGACCUUAAACCAGGUAAUAUCUUGUUGGUGGAUGGAACAGCCUGUGGGGAAAUCAAAAUCACUGACUUUGGUCUGUCCAAAAUCAUGGAUGACGACAACUAUGGUGUAGAUGGGAUGGACCUGACAUCACAGGGUGCAGGGACCUACUGGUACUUGCCUCCUGAAUGUUUUGUGGUUGGUAAAGAACCUCCAAAGAUUUCCAAUAAGGUGGAUGUGUGGUCAGUGGGUGUCAUCUUUUUCCAGUGUCUAUAUGGAAGGAAGCCUUUUGGCCACAAUCAGUCACAACAGGACAUCCUGCAGGAGAACACCAUACUCAAAGCUACCGACGUUCAGUUCCCUGUAAAGCCUGUUUCCAGUAAUGAAGCAAAGGCUUUCAUAAGGCGGUGUCUGGCCUACAGGAAGGAGGACCGGAUUGAUGUUCACCAGCUGGGAAGUGACCCCUACCUGCUCCCCCACAUGCGGAGAUCAAGCUCCUCUGGAAAUCUGCAGAUGAGUGCUGCUGGUUCAAGCCCAGCUUCCUCCAGUAUCAUCUCAUAUUGACAGUUUGGAACUGUGACAGAAAGGCAAACUGAUGACUGAAGCUGCGUCUGCAGAGCUCCUCAAAAGCUUGGGCUCACGACAGGAGGAACAGUCAGCAACAGAAGGAGCAGGACACAGGUGGGGAGAUCUCACCUGGCUUGAUCAAUGGAGGGACAGUGAAGGGAUGUUUUUAAAGACAUGGGUAAAUGGAUCUUUUUAACGGUCCGACAAAAGCACUGAAACUGACUACAUACCUUGAAGAAAAUGUGACUGGACACUCAGAUGUUGCAGAUGGAUAAAGCCUUAAAGGGCCGAAGGGAGACUUGGCAGCCCGCCAUUUAGAUUAAAUAACAUGGUCCUGCCAGGGUGCAAAUGAUUCAGCUGCUAGAAGUUAAUUUACUGUGAGGAGAGGACAGUCAUUGUUAAGUAGAACUACAAAGAUUUCACUAUUGAUUUGAAUAAAUGUUUUGUUUUUCACGAUGUUAGGCUUUAAUUUGAGUUACUUAGCCAUGAGAAUGUAAUGUGUAGCAUACAAGUGGCAUCUAGUGUCAUGUAGGUUGGGGCAGCAUACUUAUGUUUAAUGCACAAAGUAACCAAAUGUAGAAAAAUGACAAUGUAUAAAACCCUAUGCAGGAAUAUUAAUUAAAUGAUGAAUUGGAGUCUGUAUAUGCUGUACAGGAGAAUUUUCAAAUUUUGAGCUGCAGCAGUAAUAUGUACAAAGAGUUAAAAUUUCCCAGUGUAAAACUAGUUUCCUGGAGUGGUUUCAUUUUUGCUGCUUUGUUGCUCUUACUUUUUCAAGGGCUGUAUGUUCCACUUCGGGUACAAAUUGUACAGUUCUGCUAAGAGUGAAUAAUAAAUGCCAGGAAACUUUU